AGCUGGUCGCCGUGGCGAACGGCACGCGGGACCCGGCAGGGGGAGAGGUGCAGCGCAUCAACAGGGGCAUCGGAGACGGUGACAUCAAGUAUUAUCAGAGCCUGGAUAGCAAGGAUCGCGUCCCCAUGCUGCCGCGACAGAAGGACGAGGACUUCAAGGAGGAUUCGAAGGAGGCGAAAAAACAAGCAGUUGAACGAGUACGGCAUUCCUCAAGCGUGUCUCUGUGGAGGACCCUGAGCCUGCUCUAUGGACUGCUCAUCAUCAGCAUGGGCACGGUGCUUCCCAUCGCUGAGAUCAUGACCAACAAGAUCGACAUCUACUUCUACGAGGGCUUCUACGUGUACCUGUAUGGAUUCAGCAUCCUCUUCCUCGUCUAUGUCUACCUGUAUCUGGUGCGCAGCAGCAAGACGAGCAGCUACCGGCGCUCGGCGAUCCCUUGCCGCUCAGAGACGUUCGAGAUCACGCCGCAGGGUGUCAAGAAGGUUGACACCAACGACGACACGCUGCACACGGGUAGCUUCUACAUGAGAGUAGGCGCUGUCGUGUUCGGCGUCGGCAGCAUGAUCUUCAGCGGGCUGCGGUUCGGACAGUUCUUUGAGAUCCAGCACAAUUCGGACUGCUUCAACCUGAUGCGUGGCAUCACGCCCAUCGCACUCAUGGUGUUCUUCUUCUUCCAACUGUACUUCAUCUUCCUCAAUGCGAAGAUGGCAGUGCACCAGUACAAGGGAGUGGCACGUUUUGGGCUGAUGCACAUGGCAGCGACCAACCUGUGUGUGUGGAUUGGCUGGACGAUAAAGGAGAUCGUACACGCUGUCAACUUCAAACGUCUGAACCAGCCAGAGGUUGAGACUGUCACCGCGACCAUGAUUGAGCCGGCAAACGGCAACGACUCAGGGGUCGAGGCUCCUCUAGGUGGCGCUGGCAUGGUGGCGGCGCAGCACGACCUCGCGCCGUGGGAGAUGCGUGACGACUGCGUGAUACACCCGAUAAUGGGCACGAUCAUCGAGGACACGGCUCCCUACCUGUACCCGCUGCUCGUCGAACACUGCAUCAUCGUCUCCGCGAUCCUCCUCGCCAUGUGGAGCAACAUCGACAGCCUCGUGACGGUGGACCGCGGCAGCGGCGGCGGCGCGUCCGACGACGACGACGAAGACAGCGAGUGCACGUCGAAGGAGGAGUACCGCACCGACUGCCACAGCACGAACAAGGGCCUCUUCUGCGGCAUCUUCGUCGUCGUGCUCGCGAUCAUCUCGCUGAUUCUCUUCUUCGUGCUCGUCGGCAGCGCGGAGUACGGCGCGUACGGCGUGCUUGCCUCGCACUCGUUCGAGAUCCUGCUCUACCUCGUCGCGACCGUGUUCGUCGUGUCGGCGUUCCUGCGCACGCAGGGCCUGCGCUUCGACGCGCACUUCAGCGCCGUGCUCGACCACGCGCUGCUCUACGCGAGCGUCGUCGGCGUGUACGCGUACGCGCUCGUCGGCAUCGUCGCCAGCCACCACGGCCUGUUCGGCGGCGGCGACGACGGCGACGGCGGCGGCGCGCUCGCAGCCGACUUCCUCGCGCGCAUGCAGGAGCCGGAGACGUGGCAGUCGAUGUGCAUCCUCGUCGCGUCCGUGCUUGUCGUCGUGCAGGCGACGCUGCAGACGAUGUUCGUCGUCGACGCGUCGCGCCGCCACUCGUGCCGCGCCGAGCACGAGACGCGCAAGCCGGGCCGCGAGCUCGUCACCUUCCUGCUCAUGUGCAACGUGGCGAUGUGGGCGAUCAACACGUUCGAGCCGCGGCGCGCGCUCGAGAACCCCGUGCAGCUGCGCUUCUUCGGCUUUGUGCCGUGGACGAUCAUCAGCGCCGUCGUCGUGCCGCUCACCAUCUUCUAUCGCUUCCACUCGACCGUCUGCCUCGUCGAGAUCUGGCGGCGCGCCUACAAGGUCAAGCUGCUCUAGAAGGUCAAGCUGCUCUGGAAGGUCAAGCUGCUCUACAAGGUCAAGCUGCUCUACAAGGUCAAGCUGCUCUGGAAGGUCAAGCUGCUCUACAAGGUCAAGCUGCUCUACAAGGUCAAGCUGCUCUAGAAGGUCAAGCUGCUCUACAAGGUCAAGCUGCUCUGGAAGGUCAAGCUGCUCUACAAGGUCAAGCUGCUCUACAAGGUCAAGCUGCUCUAGAAGGUCAAGCUGCUCUAGAUGGUCAAACUACUCUGCAAGGUCAAGCUGCUCUGCAAGGUGAAACUGCACUACAAGGUCACGCUACUCUACAAGGUCAAGCUGCUCUAGAAGGUCAAGCUACCCUGCAAGGUCAAGCUACUCUACAAGGUCAAACUACUCUAUAGUCACCAUCACAUUGUCACAAUCAACAGCAGCUACAACAACAGGUAGCUGCCUGCGGGUUUGCAAUCCGUGGGGUAAUGCCACGGAUGGUAGCAGCAGGCGAAAACCACUACGACAACACCAGGCAGUGGAUAAGGGGUCGCAGGCCUUAACUAAGUGGGCGUGGGUGGUGGUCGGGAGAGUAGUGGGCAGUAGCUAUGAAAGGGGGGAGUGGUUGCUAGCAGACGAAUUCAUCAGCAAGAGCGGUCGGUCGUGACAAUGAGAAGGAUUUCGGAAUUGCAAGACGGACGUGCUGGGGAGUGAUGCUUUGAUUCUAGCUCAGUUUAAAAGUGAGUUGUCUCUACUGCUACGAGUUGUCCUCACUGCUGCACGGCAGCACGCUACACGUGCUUAGGCUGCGAUGGUUGAAUGUCACGACGGACAGGGCAGCCGGUGUUGUUGCAUUCGUAAAUAUUUGCCACCCACACGGCCAUUCAGCUUGUGACUCCGACAGGUCCUACACGUCUAGAUCGCAUGUAGUGCUAACAGUGGCCUUUCUUAUAAUAAUUUAUUCUCAUGACGUCAUAGAAAUGAAUCUCAAGCAGAAUCGCUACCAUAACGACUAAAUACAUAAAGUAUAAACAUAAUGUAUAAUGGUCAACGGUUGUCUUGCAAACUAUCAUUGGUAAGUGGAGCAGUCGCAUGCGCGAGUUUGUCACAACGACAGGAGUGCACUGUAAUAGCAAUUCUCCGCGUGCGUCUUCCUGCACGCAUGCGUGCAUGCGUUCUGGCGUCAGCGCGCGUGCGUCUGCGUACGUGCGUACGUAAGUGCGUGCGUGCG